ACGGUGAUUGGUGGGCGAAGCAGCGAUUGUGGGCAGAGAAGGAAAAGAAGAGGAGAAAGAGGAGGAGGAGCAGCAGCAAAGAAGUAGUAGUAAAGCCGGAGGAGGAGGAGUGGGAGUGGAAGCCGGUUGUGCUGACACGCGCGCGCCUUAGCGAGCCAAGGGAAAGCUGUGCUCCGGGUCCCUGCAGUCCGGACUGAACUUCCCCAGAGAGGAGCGGCGAGGAGCGCGUCCCGCGUGGGAGCCGGGGAGCGUCCGCACGGCGCCCGUAUGUCCCUGCCGCGGGAUCGUCGCGGUUUAGGACGCCUUCGGGACCCUGCACCCCCGUCGCGCGCGGGAGGGAGAUGCCGAGCUUUUGGCUCCUCUUCUUCUCGACCUGCUGCUGCUGGAUUUGGGGGCUGGUGAAUAGCAUUCACCCAGAAUGCAGAUUUUAUUUGGAACUUGAAAAAGAAGAAAUAAGGUGUAUGGAGCUCUUAAGGAAUGCCAAAACAGUGGGAUUUAAAGGAUGUCAUGGCAUCUGGGAUAACCUUACUUGUUGGCACCCUGCAGAAAUCGGAGAAACUGUGACAGUCCCUUGUCCAAAGAUCUUUAGCAACGAUGAUGGCAAAACAGGAAAUAUCAGCAAAAAUUGUACCAGAAAUGGUUGGUCAGAGAUAUUUCCAAAUUUCUACAUCGCUUGUGAAUUCAAAGAUAUAGAUGACACCACGAUUUUCUAUGUUCUGGUAAAAGCAAUAUACACCUUUGGAUAUAGUGUGUCUUUAGUUGCUCUGACUACAGGAAGCAUCAUUCUUUGCACUUUUAGGAAACUUCACUGCACACGGAACUACAUACAUUUGAAUUUGUUCCUGUCUUUCAUCCUUAAAUCAGUGUCUAUUUUCAUUAAGGAUGAUAUUCUCUAUUCCAAUUCUGAUACAAUUAAGUGCUCAGAGGAUCACCCAUCUUGGGUCGGCUGCAAGGCUAGCUUGGUAUUUUUCCAGUACUGCGUAAUGGCCAACUUUUAUUGGCUCUUAGUUGAAGGACUUUUUCUCCACAUCCUCCUCUUGGUAAUAGUUUCUCAUAACAGACACUUCACCAUAUAUCUCCUUAUUGGAUGGGGAAUCCCUACAGUUUUCAUCAUCAUGUGGAUAGUUUCUAGGAUCUAUAUGGAAGAUACUGGUUGCUGGGAUACAAAUGAAUCCAGUGGUCCUUGGUGGAUCAUAAGGCUACCAAUUCUAAUUUCCAUUUUGGUGAACUUUAUGCUGUUCAUUAGCAUUAUAAGAAUAUUAUUACAAAAACUGAGAUCACCGGAUAUUGGAGGCAAUGACCAAUGCCAAUACAAGAGACUUACAAAGUCAACACUAUUGCUUAUUCCACUCUUUGGAGUUCACUACACGGUGUGUGCAGUCUUUCCUAUUGGAAGUAGAUACCAGAUCAUUUUUGAAUUAUGUGUUGGAUCAUUUCAGGGCCUGGUUGUUGCAGUCCUGUAUUGCUUUCUGAACAGUGAAGUACAAGGCGAAGUGAAGAGAAAAUGGCGGAGCUGGUGCUUGAACCAAAGAAUGGGCCGAGAUUACAGACUUCAUAGCUCUUCGAUUUCCCGAAACGAAUCAGAAAGCAUCUCUCACUUGCAUCGCAGUUCAGCAACACAGUUUUCUCUCCAGACAGAAACCUCAGUGAUAUAAGCCAUUUGGCGGCCUGGGGAAAAAAAAGACAAUGAGGCAUAUCACUGGAGCCCAGUCAACGUGAUAUUUUCUAACGUGGCAGAGUUUUGUACCUUGUUCUAUUGACAUGUCAGGAUUGAACAGUGACCUAGUGCAGCCCAAAAUAUCCUUUGAGCUUAACCCUAGAACUUGUUUACAAUGCAAAGAUUCAUCCCUGGAACAUAAGAAAUAUCACCUAUUAAUGCAUUUUUACAGAUUAUUUUUAUGGGAGCCCCCAGUGGCGCAGUGGGUUAAACCACUGAACUGCUGAAUUUGCUGACCAAAAGCUUGACAGUUUGAAUCUGGGGAGCAUGGGGAGCUUCCGCUGUUAACCCCAGCUUCUGCCAACCUAGUUGGUCGAAAACAUGCAAAUGUGAGUCGAUACCGCCUUGGCAGGAAGAUAACAGUACUCCAUGUAGUCAUGCUGUCCACAUGACCUUGGAGGUGUCUACAGACAACACCAGCUCUUCGGCUUAGGAAUGGAGAUGAGAACCACCCCCCAGAGUUGGACACAACUAGAUUUAAUGUCAGGGGAAAACCUUUACCUUUACUAUAGGAGAUCUGGCAUUUAAACAAAUUGAUGUCUGUGAAAUUCAGUUGGGAUUUACUGGAUUAAGAAUGUGAUAAGAGCCCCGGAAGAGUAGACCAUAUCUAGUCCUGUUUCCUUCCUACAGAAGCAAACUAGGUGACUAUGGGAAUCUAACAGCAAAACUGAGUGCUUUUCCAUUCUUGGUCCCCUUCACAUGAUUAUAAUUUUGAGCGGCAUCCAAGAUCUGAACCUGGAGGUUACACUUAGCGAUUAUGGGUAAUAUUUGUUGAUAGAUCUUGCCCAUGAAUUUGUGUAGUUCUCUCUGAUUUGUCUAUGUCCAUGUAAAGCUACUUCUUCUGUUGACCGUGACCACAACACAUGACAUGAGAAGUACAAGGUAUUACAUUAUGAGUGAAGAAGAAAUUCUUCAUCCAGAAGCUCUUGACGUUUUCAUUGGAUAACCUCUUGGGCCAUAAGGUCUGAAUGCUCAUUAAUAGACAGUCAAUCUGAAUGUAAAGAGAUUGUGAUUGCAUAAAAGCAGCAUAAUGUGUAAUCAGUAGUGCACAACGUUGUGCAGUAAAAGAACAAUAGACUUUUUGUGACCUCAUCUCUCCAUAGGUGGUAACAACACUUGACCUCCUGAUGCAGUUUUCAAAAGAGGGACACAUGCCAUUGGCACCCAUUGAAGAUUUCCUUCACCUUUGUUGACCCUUGGGAUAGGCUUAAUAAAUCCAGAGGACUGAAAAUAAA